UUUUGAUUUUCCAAGAGUCGCGAGCCAAAGCUACCGCGUAGGAGACGAGCCUCGACAUUCAAACAACCCCUCCACCACCACCUUUGCGCAGCGCAACAUUGGAGGAAAUACCUAUUUCGAAGUUGACAAUCCGAGCCGACUACAAAACAAUCAUAUUUAUUUCUCGACAACGAUAAACAGCGCAUGAGGUCGCAUACUUGAGACGGCUGCGCCUGUCCAGAUGCCGUAGCUAUGUCGACCAAUCUUAUUGACAUCGUGGUGCAGAGGCUCAGCAAUCCAGAUCUCGAUGUUAAACUCCGGGUGGAUGCUGCGACGCAGCUGCGCGACAGCCUCGAACAUUAUACCACACCACAAGCUUAUCCCACAUUCCUGAAAAAGCUGGUCCCCAUAUUCAUUCAGUUGCUGAAGGGCCAGCCUGUCUUCAUAAGUACAAAUCCAGAGCAGAAACUGCGAAAUUGUGUCCUGGAAACUCUACACCGGCUACCCACGAGUCCGCCUGAACCGUUCGAACCAUAUACUGUAGAUGUGGUGAAUGUCCUCAUAGGACUGGUCAGGGUCGAAAAUGAAGACAAUGCCAUUCUUUGCGUCAAGACGAUAAUGGACAUUAUGCGCCAUCAGACAAAAGUCCUCCAACAACCGGGGAACAACCAGGUCCAAGACUUCCUCAGCCUGAUACAAGAGAUGUUCGAUGACAUGCCCGCCGUAGUCCACGAGCAAUUGGACAACCCGAGCCCAUCGGCGACGAAUGCUGUUGUACCGUCAACUCCUGGAAGCUCCCAGAAUUUCCAAUCUCCAAGGCCAGGCUCUCCGGUGGCAUCCGUUUCAGACCUUGGUGCCGAUCCGCAACAGCAAACACGCCCCUUGUCAAAAGGCAUGCAGUCGUUCAAAGUUCUGGCGGAGUGUCCGAUUAUUGUUGUUUCUAUAUUCCAAGUCUACCGCCAAACUGUUCCUGCGAAUGUGAAGAAAUUUGUACCACUGAUAAAGGUUGUGCUCAUGCUGCAAGCCAAACCUCAAGAAGAAGCACAUGCGGAGGCCAAAGCCAAAGGCCAAAUUUUCACCGGAGUUAGCCCUAAUAUUCGGAACAGGGCCGCCUUUGGAGAGUUUAUCACAGCCCAAGUUAAGACUAUGAGCUUUCUCGCAUACCUUCUGCGAGUCUAUUCCCAACAAUUGCAAGAAUUCCUCCAGACACUGCCUGGAAUAGUUGUUAGAUUACUGCAAGAUUGCCCACGAGAGAAGUCUGCAGCAAGGAAGGAGUUGCUGGUUGCUAUAAGACACAUCAUCAACUUCAACUUCAGGAAGAUAUUUUUAACGAAAAUCGAUGAGCUUCUAGAUGAGAGGACUCUCAUUGGAGACGGCCUUACUGUCUAUGAUACCAUGCGGCCCCUCGCAUACAGCAUGCUUGCGGACCUAAUUCACCACGUUCGCGACCAGCUAGACUCGAAUCAAAUCCGCAAGACAGUGGAGGUGUACACGAAGAAUUUGAUGGAUAGCUUUCCAGGGACCAGCUUUCAGACUAUGAGUGCUAAGUUGCUGUUGAACAUGGCCGAAUGCAUUGCCCGAAUGGAGAACAAGGCGGAUGCGCGGCACUACCUAAUCAUGAUUCUGAACGCCAUUGGCGACAAAUUCGAAGCGAUGAAUCGUCAAUAUCCGAAUGCCAUCAAGCUGUCAAAAACUUAUGCACAGCAGAAAGAUGAAGCUGCGCCAGACAACUACCUUGCGGACUUGGAGCAUCCGCCGGAUUGGGACGAAAUCGACAUAUUCACUGCUACACCUAUCAAGACGUCAAAUCCGCGCGACCGCGGAGCAGACCCUGUUGUAGACAACAAAUUUCUGUUCAAGAAUCUUAUGAAUGGCCUCAAGAACAUGUUUUACCAGCUGAAAGCCUGUAAUAUUGGGUCUCCCGUUGACCCAGCUAACGCAACGCCACAUUGGCAAGAAGUCUCGUAUGGCUUUUCAGCGGAAGAGGUUCAAGUCAUCAUCAAGCUCUUCCGAGAGGGCGCGUAUGUGUUCAGAUAUUACGAGAUUGAGAAGCCGGCAGCGGAAUCACAAUACUCAUCACCAGUUGAGUUUAUGGCCAACCAUUAUAUGACGUCUAGCAGCAAGGAAGAGAAGGACCUUCUCGAGACGUUUGCCACAGUCUUCCAUUGCAUUGACCCUGCUACGUUCCAUGAGGUCUUCCACCAAGAGAUACCUAACCUCUACAACAUGAUUUUUGAGCAUACCGCUCUCUUACAUGUCCCGCAAUACUUCCUCGCCAGCGAGGCCACCUCACCAAGCUUUGCAGGAAUGUUACUUCGAUUCCUAAUGGAUAGAAUCGACCAAGUCGGAACUGCGGACAUCAAGAAAUCUUCGAUCUUGCUCCGACUGUUCAAGCUUGCAUUCAUGGCUGUGACGUUGUUCUCAAGCCAAAACGAGCAGGUCCUACUACCUCACGUGCUCGAUAUCGUCACCAAAUCUAUUGAGCUCUCCACUACCGCCGAGGAGCCGAUGAAUUACUUCCUUCUUCUAAGGUCUCUGUUCCGCAGUAUCGGCGGAGGGAAGUUUGAGCAUCUAUAUAAGCAGAUUCUGCCACUUCUUGAGAUGCUUCUGGAAGUACUCAAUAAUUUGCUUAUGGCAGCUCGGAAGCCAGCAGACCGAGAUUUGUAUGUUGAAUUAUGUUUGACAGUACCCGCGCGGUUAAGUAACCUGUUACCGCACUUGAGCUACUUGAUGCGGCCUCUCGUGGUUGCAUUGCGGGCGGGCUCAGACCUUGUGGGGCAGGGCCUACGGACACUCGAGCUUUGCGUUGACAAUUUGACGGCGGACUAUCUAGAUCCUAUUAUGGCACCCGUGAUCGAGGAAGUUAUGACCGCACUCUUCGACCAUCUGCGUCCUAAUCCAUACAGCCACUUCCAUGCGCAUACUACCAUGCGCAUUCUCGGAAAACUCGGCGGCCGGAAUCGGAAAUUCAUGACUGGUGCACCAGCACUUACCUUUCAGCAAUACUCUGACGAUAGAGCUAGUUUCGACCUGAAGCUUAACGGAUCCAAGAAAGAUAGGGCUUUCCCUGUGGAGAUUGGCAUAGACUUGGCCAUUCGAAAGCUCAUGGAAAUUCCAAAAGGAGCAGCUGCCAAAAAAUCCGAUGUAUAUUACAAAAAGCAAGCGCUCCACUUUGUCAAGGCACAGACUAAGCUUAGAAUCGGAUACGACAACCUCCCAGAAGAUUUCGGGCGCCUCCUGCGUUUGCAAGCUCAGGACCUUCUUGCGAGAGACAGCAAUGCCGAUUUUUCCGCCCUGGAGGUCAACGACCGGCAGAGGUCUGUUAUGAAGAAAGACUUGGAGCAAGAGGUGCUAAAGAGGCUUAUCAAGGCUCUCAUGUUUUCCGUAUCAAUCCAGGAUCUGAAGGAUGAGGCAUUAGCAACACUACUUGGUGUUUGCAGACAUCUAACUAUUUUGGAAGUCGGAAAUGCAUUGGCAGAGUUUAAGCUCAAACGCCAGCCAUUCGACAUCAAAGCUGGCGAAGGGCCUGUUGUUAUAGACAGCAGAGUACUUGCUGAUGCCAUUACCGAAUCGCUAUCAUCAGACAAUAUCCUUGUGCGCGAGGCAGCUGAGCGAGCACUGAGAGAGGUUUUCGACUCAACUGCGAUCAUCUUUGGUUCUUCCGCCCAAGUCGGUCGAUUGUCAUUUUUUACACACCUCAGCAACGUGUUUUGUCAUAGUUGCUACGAAGAGGAAUGGUUUACCAAGGCUGGCGGUAGCCUCGGUAUUAACCUCUUGGUAACAAAGUUUGAUAUUGGCGAUAGCUGGAUUAGCGACAGGCAAUUUGACUAUGUCAAGUCAUUGUUAUAUGUCAUCAAAGAUAUGCCGCAAGAUCUGCCCGCGAAGACGCGGAUCGGGGCACAAGAGACCCUCGAAAUACUGUUGAAGAGAGUGACCAAAAACUCUACGAAGAAGGAUAUUUUGCCACCGGCCCCUCUUCCACCAGGAGUGCCUCGUCCCCAGUUUACAUCUCGACUACCACAUCUGUGCCAACUCUUCGGCUCCGGACUGUCGCAUCUCAACCGACAUGUUCGCGAAACGUCACAGAAAGCUUUGACAACUAUAUCAGAAACGAUAGGUGCGGAAGUCUGGGAGCUAUUAGAACCUCAAAGGGACGGUAUCUUGAACCCAAUCUACAGCAAGCCAUUGCGAGCUUUGCCCUUCGCCAUACAGAUUGGAUACAUCGAUGCGGUGACAUACUGUAUGGGCCUGAAGCCCGACUUUGUCCAAUUCGAUGAUGUUCUGAAUCGUCUUUUGAUGGAGUCUCUGGCCCUUGCUGAUGCUGCCGACGAGUCACUCGCGGGAAAGCCGGCGGAGCAGCGAACCCAUGAACAUAUUAUCAGUCUUAGGGUCGCCUGUAUUAAGAUGCUCACCACUGCAAUGGGCUUUGAAGAGUUUCAAAAGGGGCCGAACAACGCCACAAGAACGAAGAUUGUGUCGGUGUUCUUCAAAUGUCUGUAUUCCGAAUCAAGCCAGACUAUCGAGGCUGCGAACGAUGCCUUGAAAGUUGUCCUUUCUCAGACCACCAAACUGCCGAAAGAUCUUCUCCAGAAUGGCCUGCGACCUGUCCUUGCAAAUCUCCAAGAUCCUAGAAGGCUAAGCACUCAUGGGUUAGAUGGUCUGGCAAGGCUGCUCCAACUCCUCACAACGUACUUCAAGGUUGAGAUUGGAUCAAGGCUUUUAGACCACAUCAAAGUUCUUGCAGAGCCUAAUGCACUUCAACGAAUCUCUUUUACUUUGGUUGAACAGAACGACCAGAUGAAGAUUAUCGCUGCUGUCUUCAAUAUCUUCCAUCUCCUCCCACCUGCCGCCGAACAUUUCAAGGAACGUUUAGUGGAAACCGUCCUAGAUCUUGAAGAUAAGCUCCGACGAACAAGAUACAGCCCAUUUAGGGCACCGUUAUAUAAGUAUCUCAACCGUUAUCCAAAUGAAGUAUGGAUGAUGUUGCUUGGCAAAAUUGAAGAGCAAAAGUAUGGCAGGUUCCUGGCGCAACUCUUGGAAGAUCCCGACAGUGCACCACUCAGAAGUGUUGUUGUAAACAGCGUGGACAUGCUGAUCAAGAAUUGCGGCGAUAUGGGCGCGGAGAAUAAAGAGACACGAUAUGCUGCUGUCAUCAACGCUAUCAAUGUGAUGCAUUCGGUAUGCAAAUAUCCAGGCACAGAAGCAUGGAUGGAGAAGAAGGAAAAUCUCAUGUGGUUCCGCUUGGUUGGCAAGAAUCUUGAACAGCGCCUUCGCAACUAUUCACUCCCCUCAAAUCUUCGUCUGGCUGCCGAGCAAGCCGGAGAGCAGUUGAUGAUUAUAUUCACAAAGUUCCUCGAGAUUCACCCGAAAGACCUGGACGCGCUUUUUGGGCUUGUAGAUUCGGUGACCUGCGGAGAUUUCAAGCCCAGCCAACAGUUCUUCUCGUAUAUUUACAAGAACAUCAUUUGCAACGAAUCCAUCGAUUACUGGAAAUCGAUUGUACUGCGCUCUCUGGACGUUUACGCAAGCAAGACAGCAUCCCAGAAAACCAAAGCCUUCCUGCUUCACAACAUUGUCAACCCGAUUGUUGCCAAGGAUGUAAUGCGAACAUGGCCGCGGACUGGCUCGAUGAAAUCCCCGCGCCUUAUUGAUAGAGCCGUCAUUGAGUCCAUCCACACCAAGAUAUGGCGUGCCAGUCUUGGGGAUCCAAACGAAGACCUUACUCAACCUGGCAUUGACCACACGCGAAUGGAGGUACUUCAACUCUCGGCCAUGCUUGUAAAGCAUUAUCAUGGUAUCCUGCAGGAUGCGCGAAAAGAUAUCAUCAAAUUCGGCUGGACAUAUAUCAGACUCGAAGACGUGAUUAAUAAACACGCAGCUUAUGUGGUCAUCGGGUAUUUCAUUGCUCACUAUGAAACACCUGCGAAAAUAGUUGUCCAAGUCUACCUCUCAUUAUUACGAACAAACCAAAACGAGGGUAGGACCUUGGUAACGCAGACCCUCGAGUUAUUGGCUCCUGUUCUUCGGAAGAGAUGCAACUCUGCACCGGGAGACCGAAAUCCUAUCUGGGCCUCGGGCGCACGCAGAAUCCUGGCCGAGGAGGGCCAGAAUGUGCAGCAGAUGACGAGCAUCCUCCAUUUCCUUGUAAAGCACGACGAGCUCUUCUAUGAAUCCCGAGACAAGUUUGUUAUUUCCAUUAUCUCCUCAUUUAGGAAGAUCGCUCAACCAACAACCGCUUCGAAUGAGAGCCGACGUCUAGUCCUCCAGCUUAUGAAUUUGAUUUGGGAAUGGGAGAAGACCCGAGUAGAGGACAAGGCAACCAGUCCUGCACGCUUGAUGUCAGAGUCUCCAAACGCGAAGAAGAGGAAGAUAGAGAGUACCCCAGUUGCCGAAUCCUCAUCCCCGUCGUCGCAGAAGGCCUCGCCGCAAAAGGCUCGUUCUUCUCCACCAGACAGAGCUGAAUAUCAGAUCCCAUUGGUGUACCGCCAGAAGAUGAUCAAAUAUCUGGUGGAGUUCAUCGCAGCGCUGCCAGAGAGAUACCCACUCCAGUCAGCAAAGCAACGAGAACCAGCAUUGUACCAAAUUCCGGCCCCUCCAUCCUCAUCAAUUGAGAUGAUCACGAAAUCUAUUUCACUGCUGAAGAACCUAUUACAACCACAGUAUUGGAGCGAUCUAGACGUUGAUCUUUUCCCCAACGUCACCGAUAUCAUGCUUGCAAGUGACCGCACAACAGCAGCCCUUGCUAGCGGGGGAACUGACAAGGAGAAACCAGACGACAAGUUUAUUACGAACAUGAUCAACACGCUGCAAGUUGUAAGAGUCAUAGUUAACACCAAAACUGAUGACUGGAUUCAGAAGAACAUGUCGAAUCUGCAGCGCAUCUUGGAAAAAUCUAUCAAGUCUGACAAUGCUGAGAUUCAAGACUGCCUUCAUUCGAGCUGCCAGAAUAGAGACGAUGGGCGCCCGCUAAAGCCUCUGCUGAAAGCCAUUCUCGAUGCCGUCCCAGACGAUGUACAGAUGGAAGAUGCCGAUGCAGACGGCGAGGCCGAGGCUUCAACGUCUGAAAUCAUAACAUUCUUAUCUACCACUGCAACAGAGGAUUUGUCGUCUGGAAAUUACAACUCCGGAAUCAACAUCCUCUGGACUCUCGCGCAGAGAAAGCCCUCUGAGAUGGAUCAAGGGAUUAUAAGUGCGAUAAUGAGAGCUCUCCAGACGAAACUUGCAAAGGAGCAUGUCGCUCAUUACGCGGCAGCUGUCACGCAGUCUGUAGCAGCUGCAGUGCAACAAGAACAUGAGCCCACUGGCCUCAUGAAUAAGUACGAUCUCAAGAUACAGACUGGCCUAAUGCUCAAAGCUAUUGACAUUAUGUCCAUGCGAAUGGAAGUGCUUGGCGACUACCGCAGGCCGUUCCUUAGCGUCCUCGCAACCCUUGUUGAGAAGUCUCAAAGCAACGAAUUGUGUCUGAAGAUCCUCGACAUGGUUGAUGGCUGGGUGUUCAAAUCUGAAGGAUCAUGGCCAACACUCAAAGAAAAGACCGCCGUGCUACAUAAGAUGUUGACAUUCGAGAACAGACAAGACCAGACUUUGCUCAUCAAGUUUUUAGAACUAGUAAUACGAAUCUACGAGGAUCCCAAGAUUACUCGCACCGAAUUAACGGUGCGCAUGGAACAUGCAUUUUUGAUCGGUACAAGAGCUCAAGACGUCGACAUGCGAAAUAGAUUCAUGGCUAUAUUUGACAAGAGCCAAUCGCCAACAGCUAGCGCAAGACUCACAUAUAUCAUCACAUCGCAGAACUGGGAUACUUUGGCAGAUUCUUACUGGCUUGCCCAGGCGUCGCAAUUGCUUGUUGGGGCGGUUGAGAUGAACAAGCCAAUUCAACUGCACCACGAGGAUUUCAAGACCAUUCCAGCGUCGGUGCUAUUUGGCAACUAUGCCAAGGAUACACGACAGCCCAAUUUGAUGGAUGACGACAAAUAUGAUGAGUUUAUAGCAGGUCAUCGCCGGUUCGUACGAGAGCUAGGCGACGUCACAGUCCGCGACAUCAUGGAACCCUUGACUCAGCUCCAGCACUUAGAUCCAGAUACGGCGCAUGAAAUUUGGGUUUCUCUGUUCCCAAUUUACUGGUCAGCAAUGGCCAAGGAUGAACGCGGAGAGUUGGAGCGUGGAAUGGUGUCUCUCCUGACAAAGGAUUAUCACUCCCGCCAAAUUGACAAAAGACCAAACGUUGUCCAGUCUCUUCUGGAGGGAGCAGCUAGGUCCUGGCCGGAUUGCAAGAUACCACCCCAUGUCAUGAAGUUUGAGGCGAAAACUUACGAUGCAUGGUAUACUGCGCUUGUUCAACUGGAGAAUGCCGCCAUCAAGCCCACGACAGACAGUGCAGUUGUUAGGGAAAGCAACCUCGACGCAUUGGUAGAAUUGUAUGCUGGUUUGCAAGAGGAUGAUCUCUUUUAUGGAACGUGGCGUCGCCGCUGCCAGUUUGUCGAGACAAAUGCUGCGCUUUCCUAUGAACAAAACGGGAUGUGGGAUAGCGCGCAAAAGAUGUACGAGGCCGCUCAAAUUAAGGCAAGAACUGGUGCGAUUCCUUUCUCAUCCGGAGAAUACAUGCUCUGGGAAGACCACUGGGUGCUAUGCGCUCAGAAACUGCAACAGUGGGAUAUCUUACAAGACUUCGCCAAGCACGAGAACUUUCAGGAUCUCCUCCUUGAAUGUGCCUGGAGAAACCCGGAAACAUGGCAGACCCCAGAACCUCGGGAUCAGCUCGAUGCGAUUAUCAAAGGCGUCAUGGAUGCGCCAACUCCUCGCCGAACGUUCUUCCAGGCCUUCAUGUCUCUUCUCAAGUUCCACAACAAAACAGAAACCACGGCAGAUUUCAGCAAGGUAUGCGAUGAGGCUAUACAAUUGUCAAUCCGCAAAUGGCACCAGCUUCCUAAGCGGAUUACCAAUGCACAUAUUCCUCUACUUCAGAACUUCCAGCAGCUUGUUGAGCUUCACGAUGCUAGCGUCAUAUGCCAAAGCCUAGCACAAACGACCCAAGCAAACCUAGAUGUCAAAUCUGGAGAGUUGAAGUUACUACUUGGUACCUGGCGAGAUCGCCUCCCGAACGUAUGGGAUGAUAUCAUGGCAUGGCAAGACCUUGUUACUUGGCGCCAGCACAUAUUUGGACUCAUCAAUACGACCUACUUGGCCCUUCUGCCCCAACAAGGGCAAAACGCCAAUGGCGCCUCGUUUGCCUACCGUGGAUACCACGAGACCGCUUGGAUCAUAAAUCGUUUCGCCCAUGUCGCAAGGAAGCAUCAACUACCAGAAGUUUGUAUCAGCCAACUUAGCAGGAUCUAUACACUGCCAAACAUUGAGAUCCAAGAAGCUUUCUUGAAACUGAGAGAACAAGCGAAGUGUCAUUACCAAGAUUCGAACGAAUUGAACCAGGGAUUAGAUGUCAUUAACAACACCAAUCUGAACUAUUUCGGCCCGCAACAGAAAGCAGAGUUCUACACUCUGAAGGGAAUGUUCCUCGAGAAGCUUAGCCAGAAGAGCGAGGCUGAAGAGGCCUUUGGCAUGGCGUUAUUCUUUGAUAUCAAGCUAUCGAAGGCAUGGGCCGAAUGGGGCUACUACAAUGACCGACAAUUUAAGGAAACCCCAACAAAUUAUGAGUUUGCCAAGAACGCCCUUAGCUGCUACCUUGAAGCUGCCGGUUUGUUCAAGAAUGCAAAGUCUCGGAAGUUGCUUACUCGCAUACUCUGGCUACUGAGUCUCGACGAUGCGAACGGAACGCUAGCAGAAACUUUCGACGCAUAUAAGGGCGAAACACCAGUUUGGUAUUGGAUAACGUUCAUUCCUCAAUUACUGACUGGACUCGGGCACAAGGAAGCAGCGAAAGCACACAGCCUUCUCGCAAAGAUCGCCAAAUCUUACCCACAGGCGCUUUACUUCCAACUGCGUACCAACCGUGAGGAUAUGCUUGCAAUCAAGAAGAGCCAGGAGAGCAAAGAGCUACGCGAGAGGAACGCAAGAGCUGCCAAGCAAAAUGCUAGACAAACUCCAGUGGGAGAUGCUAUCAAGCAAAGCGGCUCGCCGACCCAGGCACGUUCGGUGACGCCUUCAGUGAGGCCAGACAGUUCGGCUGGAUCAAGACCUGGGACUGCCAAUGGCGUUGUUAAUGCCGCCCUUAAUGUAGAGGGCAGUGCAGUUAAGCCCGAGCCAGCUGAAGCCAGCAACAAUCCGAAUGCUGCCACAAGCGUCCCAAAUGUGCAAGGGCAGCCAUCGACCACACCAGCCCCAGCCGCUGCUCCACCCACUAAGAAGCCACCGUGGGAACACACAGAAGAGAUACUUUUGGUGCUCAAAACAGCAUUCCCACUUUUGGCACUUUCUAUGGAAACAAUGGUCGACCAAAUCCAGAAGCAUUUCAAGUGCCCACCCGAUGAGGAUGCAUACAGGCUCAUCGUGGCACUUCUCAACGACGGCCUUUCAUAUGUCACUCGCAUGCCUAACUCUUACGCUCUCGAUGUGAAGCUCCCAUCCGCCACCGAAACGAACAUCACCCGGUUUGCGGAGACUAUUCUGCCAGCCCACAUUCGAAAGUCGUUUGAAGCUGAUUUCGUUGAUAAAAAGCCAACAAUGCACGAGUACAUCCAAAAGCUCCGCCGUUGGCGCGACAAGUUCGAGUCCAAGCUGGAUCGGCGCCCGUUGCAUCAAAAUCUCGAGACUUACAGCACACAUCUCAGCGAGUUCCGAUUCGGUAAAUUCGAUGAGGUGGAAGUUCCUGGUCAAUAUUUGCAGCAUAAGGAUAAGAACCAAGAUUUUAUCCGAAUUGAUCGGUUCCUCCCCGACGUUGACUUGGUGCGCGCCAUUGGUGUCUGCCAUCGUCGCCUCAAAAUUCGUGGCCACGAUGGAUCCGUUCAUCCCUUCGCUGUGCAGCAUCCUGCUGCUAGGCAUUGCAGACGUGAAGAGCGGAUAUUGCAACUCUUCAGGCAUUUCAAUGCCACACUGAGCAAGCGCAAAGAGUCACGUCGGCGAAAUCUCAAUUUCCAUCUGCCGCUCAUGAUUCCGCUUGCGCCCCAUAUUCGGAUGGUUCAAGAUGAUACGUCGUAUAUAUCCCUGCAAGGGAUCUUCGAGGACCAUUGCCGUAAGAGUGGACUGCUAAAGGACGAUCCAAUUCUGUUUACGAUGGACAAAUUAAGGAUCCUGGCCGAGGCGAAGACAGCCAAACACCCUGAUCACGCUCUCAAUGCCCGCAUGGAAAUAUUUUCAGCUAUUCAAGACAAAUGGGUUCCACAUACGAUUGCUCUCGACUUCUUCAAAGCUUCGUAUCCAGCAUAUGCCGACUUCUGGUUGUUCCGCAGGCACUUUUCAUACCAAUAUGCCGCGUUAACAUUCAUGACUUACAUUUUGUUCAUGAACGGCCGUUACCCACACAAGCUCAAUAUCGCGCGAGCCACAGGAAAUAUCUGGGGUUCGGAACUGAUUGCCUCGAUGGCAGCUGGCAAGCCUACCUUCCACAACCCGGAGCCAGUGCCGUUCCGCCUUACGCCCAAUAUACAAACUCUCAUGGGUCCCAUGGCCACCGAGGGCAUCUUCACUUGCGCCAUUAUGGCCAUUGCGCGAUGCCUUACGGAACCCGAGUUUGACCUGGAGCAACAGUUGAGCUUGUUCGUGCGAGACGAGAUGAUCUUCUGGUUCACCAGUAGCCACCGCGCAGGAUCAAUGGGAGAAGGUCAGCUGAGGGAGACGGUUCAAGUUAACAGCGAGAUCAUUGUCAAGAGGACUUUGAGUUUAGCCCAGGCGCCGAUGGGAAUGCUACCUGCGAACCAGACAAUCAUUGACUUGGUGGCCAAGGCGGUCAAUCCUAUGAACCUGGCCCAGGCCGAUGCUCUGUGGAUGCCCUACCUAUAGGGAGGGCUUUUUUUUCUUUGUAUGAUACAGGAUAGCCACUUAAAGUGAGCUGGAUAUGGGGUGGGGGGGGGAAGAAAUUGGGUUACAUGUGAUCGGAGUUUCGCGAGCGAGGCGUUAGGCGGAGGAUAUCAUGGGUUGUAAGGAUGAUGUAAUUUGGUAUGGACUGGGCAGGACUGGGCGGGGGAUGCUACUAUAUAUUAAUGAAUAAGCUAUUCAGC